GAAACUGGAAGUAGUACUGUUAAAACCCUCAGUGGCCACGCCCCCUCAUUUUCUUCCUGUAAACAAAGCAGUAGCUGUUUGUCACUUUCUAGCUGUACUUUGGUGUUUUCUACGAUGGCUCAAGCCGGGGUGCUCCUGGACAAGGACCAGUUCAACUGCUCCAUCUGUCUGGACGUGCUGAAGGACCCGGUUACUAUACCGUGCGGACACAGCUACUGCUCGGGCUGCAUCCAGAACUACUGGGACCAGGACGACUACCUCGGGGUUUAUGUCUGUCCGCAGUGCCGACAGAACUUCAACCCGAGGCCGCUGCUCGCCAGGAACACCAUUCUGGCCGACGUGGUGGAGAUAUUUAAGAACACGACACUCCAGGACGCCGCGGCACCGACAGCUGGCCGAACUUUUGCCGAAGCAGGCGACGUGGAGUGUGACGUCUGCAUCGGGUUGAAGAGCAAAGCGGUCAGCUCCUGCCUGGUUUGUCUGGCGUCGUACUGCGACGAUCACGUCCGGCCUCACUACGAGUCCUCAGCCUUCAAGAAACACAAGCUGGUGGCUGCCUCCAAGCGGCUCCAGGAGACCAUUUGUCCGCGACAUGACAAGCUGCUCGAGGUCUACUGCCGGACCGACAAGCGCUGCAUCUGCUCGCUGUGUCUGACCGACGAGCACAAAGGGCACGACACGGUGCUGGCUGAGGAGGAGAUACAGCAGAAGAAGAAAAAACUCCAGGAGACCUCUUUGAAGUCUGUGCAGAAACUGAAGGAGACUGAGAAGGAACUACGAUACGUAAUCAGAUACAUCAAGCACUCCACGGAGGCUGCACAGGAGGAGAGUGAGAGGAUUUUCUCCAAGCUGAUCCGAUCCAUCGAGAAACAGAACAGCGAGGUGAAGGAGCUGAUCAGAGUCCAGGGCAAAGCAGCCGUCAGUCAGGCUGAGGAGGAGCUGGAGAAGAUACAGAAGGAGAUGGCCGAGCUCAAGAGGACCGGCGCUGAGGUGGAGAAGCUCUCUCACACUGAAGACCACAUCCACUUUCUUCAGAAGUGCAAGUCUCUUCACUUCCCUACAAAGUCCAUGGAGAUGCCCAGCACUGAUGCGCUUCAUUAUUUGAUGUAUAAAACCACGAAAGGAGCGCUGGUUAACCUGAAGGACAAUCUGGAUGAUACACUUCAAAAAGAAUUCUCCAAAAUAUCUGAAAAGGUCACUUUACUGAAAGAAAGCAGCAGUAAGAACAACUCUGAAAAGGCUAAAGUUAAAGACGCUGACAUACCCUACAACUCAGAACCAAAGACGAGAGCUGAUUUUCUUCAAUAUUACAACGAUAUAAUCCUGGACCCGAACACUGCCAACUCUUACUUGUGCUUCUCUGACGGGCAACGAGCCGUGACCACACGCGCCGACCCGCAGCCCUACGCGGACCAUCCAGACCGCUUCACCAGCUGGGCCCAGGUGCUUUGUAAGGCCGGGAUGGCCGGACGCUGCUACUGGGAGAUCGAGUGGACCGGAAACGGAGGGGUUUCCGUCGGCGUGUGCUACAAGAACAUGAGCCGGGCCGGAGGAGGGAGCGAGUGCAAGCUGGGGCACAACUCUAAAUCGUGGACCCUGGACUGCUCACCCACAGCCUGUUCAUUUCAGCACAAUAAGGAGAGCAUGACUAUCAGUGCCCAGUGUGCUAGCAGAAUAGGAGUGUAUCUAGAUUUCAGGGGUGGGACUUUAUCCUUCUUUAAUGUUUCUGAUGCAAUGGUUCUGCUUCACAAAGAGAAAAUCACAUUCACGCAACCUCUAUACCCUGGAUUCUGGGUGGGGCUGGGCUCUACUUUGAAGCUGUGCUCAAUUUAACAUGUGAAGACAGGCAGAAUAAUUAAUUUCAGUGAGAAUAAUGAUGAAACUGAGGCAGAUGUUUGUGCUCAAAGAUUUGCUUUUCUUUUUAUUAACCACACCCGAAGCAGCAGCAGCAACAACACUUUGGUGGAGCAGGUGAAGGGCUGAUGGAGCUUAGAUCUUAUUGAAGGCAGCAACAUCGACACUCUGGAUCUACAGAGGAAGAAAGAAUUGAAUGUAAAGUCAAUUAUUGCA